AUGACCAGACGGCAGCAUACCAGACUUUCGCGACCGGUGCCUCAACCGGGCUCGAACACUUCGACAACCUCCAAUGCAUCACAAGUCACAGCCCUCAGACGGCCGAUCCAGCGAGCAUGGUGGAAAGAAAGCAUCGUCUACCAGAUCUAUCCAGCAUCAUUCAAGUCAGCGCGUUCCACUGUCGACAAGACCGAUGGGACAAUAAAAGGCGACAUCCGCGGCAUCAUUCAACAGCUCGACUACCUGUCCCACCUCGGUGUAGACAUCAUCUGGCUGAGCCCGAUCCUGCAGUCGCCGCAGGUAGACAUGGGCUAUGACAUUUCCGACUAUCGCGCCAUCGAUCCUCUGUACGGCACGAUGGAGGACCACGACGCGCUGGUCGCAGGCCUACACGACCGCGGGAUGAAGUAUGUCAUGGACCUCGUGGUAAACCACACGUCAGACCAGCACGCGUGGUUCCAGGCUUCGCGCUCGUCGAAAACGAACCCGUAUCGAGACUGGUAUUUCUGGCGCCCGCCGCGGUACUGUCUCAAAACAGGUGAGCGUCUUCCGCCGAAUAACUGGGAAUCCUUAUUCGGCGGGUCGGCAUGGGCCUUCGACGAGAUCACGGGCGAGUAUUACCUGCAUCUUUUCGCAACAGAGCAGCCCGACCUGAACUGGGACAACCCUGCGGUCCGUAAGGCGGUGCACGACCUCAUUCGCUUCUGGCUGGACAAGGGCGUCGACGGCUUUCGCAUGGACGUCAUCAACUUAAUUUCUAAAGAGCCUGGUCUGCCCGAUGGUAAAAUUGUCAGGCCGGGGUUUCUGCAAUCGGGGCUUCAGCAUUAUGCAUGCGGCCCGCGCCUGCACGAGUACCUUCGAGGCAUCGGGUCGAUAUUGCGGGAGUACGACGCCUUCAGCGUUGGUGAAAUGCCAGGAGUCUACGACACCAAGGAGGUCCUCAAGGCAGUGGGUCAAGACCGCGGCGAGCUCGCUAUGGCGUUCCAGUUCGACAUCGUGCGCCUGGACGUCGCGACGGACAAGCCCUCGAAAUGGUAUCAUCGGGAUUUCGACCCCAAAGACCUGCGACACGUGGUGGCCAAGUGGAACUCGUUCAUGUUGCAGAAUGGCGGCUGGCACGCCCCCUUUAUGGAGAAUCACGACCAAGGCCGGUCCAUCUCGAGAUAUUGCGACGACUCCGACAAGUACCGCAGCAAAUCGGCGAAAUUGCUCGCGGCACAUAUGGGCUUGCAGUUCGGCACCGUGUUUGUGUACCAGGGCCAGGAGCUUGCCCAGAUCAAUGUGCCCGAGUCGUGGGGCUUGGAGGAAUAUAAAGACAUUGAAGUGGUCAAUCACUGGAAGGAAGUCCUCGAGGAAUUCCCGGAUGACAAGGAGAUGCAGGAGAAAUUCAAGAAGCAGUAUCGCCUGAUUGGAAGGGAUUGUGCCAGGACACCGAUGCAGUGGACGCCUGAUGAGAAGACGUACGCAGGGUUUCUGGCGCACAAUGCGCCUGAGAGUGUCAAGCCGUGGAUGUCGGUGCAUCCGGAUCACAAGGUGUGGAAUGCCGAAGCGCAGGUGGCCGAUGAAAAUAGUGCUUUCCACUACUGGCGCAGGAUUCUGAGGCUUCGCAAGGAGUACAAGGACAUCUUCGUCUAUGGGGGCUUUGAAAUGUUGGAUAUGAAACACCCGUUCGUCGUUGCGUAUGUGAGGAAAGAUGAUUCGCCAGCCACAGAACAGGUUGCUGCGAAGAAGAAAUGUCUCGUGUUGGCGAAUUUCUCCGCUAAGGAUAUCUGGUGGACUGUACCAGUGCAGGCGGCAGACAUCUUGAUUGAUGAGUCUGCUGGUCUGAAGUCUGGUGCUGUGGUCCAAGAGUUGAGGAAUUAUAUUGAGGACGGAGAUGGAGCCAUAGAAGCCAAGAGGCAGUCGGAGGGACUGUGGAGCAUCAAGCUCAGGCCUUGGGAGGUCAUUGUAGCCAUGACUUGA